CCUGCUGGGAAAUGUAGUCACUGGCCGUCCCGGGACGCCAGUGUCCCGCGGGCCUCAGCGCUGACAGCUCAGGAGAUUGUGUCUACUCCACGGGGCCAGCAUGGACCAGUCUGUGGCCAUCCAGGAGACCCUGGACCCAGCGGAGUAUUGUCAGCAGGCGGUGCAAGCUGUGCUGUGUGAGGGCAACAGCCGGCAGAGCCGCCUCCUGGGGCUGGUGCGCUCCCGCGGGGAGCUCGGUGGCCAGGAGCAUGCUCUCUUCCUGUAUACACACCGGAGGAUGGCCAUUACCGGGGAUGACGUCUCUCUGGACCAGAUAGUGCCGCUCUCACGGGAUUUUAUGCUGGAAGAAGUACUCCCAGAGGGUGAACUCUACAUUCUAGGCUCAGAUGUGACAGUCCAGCUGGACACAGCAAAACUCAGCCUCCUGUUCCAGCUUCCCUUUGGGUCACACAGCAGGCUAUUCCUCCAGGAAGUUGCCAGGGCUUGUCCAGGCUUCGACUCUACGACCCCAGACCCCGAAUUCCUGUGGCUGUCUCGUUACAGGUGCGCGAAGUCUGAGCCCGAGCCUCCAGUGCCGCGUACUUGGAACUCUGCCCCAGGUAAACUAAGCUGGGGCGCCACGAUUGGUCGCCGCAGGAGUCCGUCUCGAGACGGGCAGUGGCGAUUGGAGAAGCCCUGGCUGCAGGGGGCGGGCUCCAUUUGGGCUGCGGGCGGGGCUGUCGAGCACACCGGCCCUCGAUUGGUGCAGAUGGCACGUGGGGGCGGGCCCCUGCAGGCGGGGCGGCCCGGGCGCGGUGCCUGUGAUGAGAAGCUGCAGGAAGCGCGCAGGGAAAUGUCUGCCGCCGCCGGGUCCCGGGAGCGCGACUCUGCAGGUGCUUCUCACUUGGACAGUUCGAGGCCAAAUGGGAAAGGCCUGCUUGUGGACCAGAGCCCAUGCAGUCAGGAUAAACCAGAAAACCUGCCCACAAGACAGACCAAAACCAAGUCUGAAAUUUCCGAGAUGGUUCGCUCCUCCACAGUCACGGUGUCCGACAAGGCUCAUAUGCUGUCCGUGCAGCAGUUCGGGUUGCGAGACACUAUGGUGAAGUCACAGCUGGUGCAGAGGGAGGAAGACUACACCUACAUCCAGAACUUCAGGUUUUUUGUGGGAACAUACAACGUGAACGGUCAGUCCCCCAAAGAAUGCCUCAAGCCCUGGCUCUGCGAUGAAAUCCAAGCCCCAGACGUGUACUGUGUAGGGUUCCAGGAACUCGAUCUGAGUAAAGAAGCCUUUUUUUUCCACGACGCCCCAAAGGAGGAAGAGUGGUUUAAAGCUGUAUCAGAGGCUCUUCAUCCAGAGGCCAAAUAUGCAAAGGUGAAGCUCAUCCGACUGGUUGGGAUUAUGCUUCUGCUCUAUGUCAAACAGGAACAUGCAGCACACGUCUCAGAAGUGGAAGCUGAGACGGUGGGGACAGGAAUCAUGGGCAGGAUGGGUAACAAAGGAGGUGUGGCCAUCAGGUUCCAGCUCCACAAUACCAGCAUCUGCAUCGUGAACUCUCACCUGGCAGCCCACACAGAAGAGUACGAGAGGAGGAACCAGGACUAUAAGGACAUUUGUUCUCGGAUGCAGUUUUGUCAGGCCGACCCCAGCCUCCCUCCGCUCACCAUCAGCAGGCACGAUGUGAUCUUGUGGCUGGGGGACCUCAACUACAGGAUAGAAGAGCUGGAUGUGGAAAAAGUGAAAAAGCUGAUCGAAGAGAAGGCCUUUCAAACCCUGUAUGGGUAUGAUCAGCUGAGAGCUCAGAUGGCUGCGGGGGCUGUCUUUGAAGGCUUCACGGAGGGGGAGCUCACAUUCCAGCCCACCUAUAAGUACGACACCGGCUCCAACGACUGGGACACCAGUGAGAAGUGUCGGGCUCCUGCCUGGUGCGACCGGAUCCUCUGGAAAGGCAAGAACAUCACGCAGCUGAGUUACCAGAGCCACAUGGCCCUGAAGACCAGUGACCACAAGCCUGUCAGCUCAGUGUUUGACAUUGGGGUCAGGGUGGUCAAUGAAGAAAUUUACCGGAAGACUCUGGAGGAGAUUGUUCGCUCCCUGGAUAAGAUGGAAAAUGCCAGCAUUCCUUCUGUGUCUCUCUCCAAGCGAGAGUUCUGUUUUCAGAAUGUGAAGUUUAUGGAAUUGAAAAUAGAAACCUUUGUGAUUCAUAAUGGACAAGUUCCCUGUCAUUUUGAAUUCAUCAACAAGCCUGACGAAAAGUGGUACUGUAAGCAGUGGCUGAACGUCAACCCCAGCAGAGGCUACCUCCUGCCAGAUUCUGACGUGGAGAUUGUCUUGGAGCUCUUUGUAAAUAAGACCACAGCCACCCAGCUCAACUCAGGUGAAGACAAGAUUGAGGACAUUCUGGUUUUGCACUUGGAUAGGGGGAAGGAUUACUUUUUGUCUGUGACUGGGAACUACCUGCCCAGUUGCUUCGGAUCACCCAUCCAUACGUUGUGCUACAUGAAGAAGCCAAUCUUGCACCUGCCCCUUGAAACUAUUAGAGAACUGACUCUGAUGCCACUUCGGACUGAAGAUAAUGGGAAUGCAUCAGAGAAACCCCUAGAAAUCCCCAAGGAGCUCUGGCUAAUGGUUGAUUACCUGUAUCGGAAAGCCAUGGAUCAGGAAGAUCUGUUUCAACAGCCAGGCAUAAGGUCGCAUUUUGAGCAUAUCAGGGAUUAUUUGGAUAAGGGAGAUCCUGAAGACCUCGACUCUGUUAGCAAUCACUCCGUCGCUGAAGCCUUGCUGCUUUUCCUGGAGAGCCUGCCAGAGCCCAUCAUCUGUUACAGUGCCUACCAUCACUGCUUGGAGUGUGCGGGCAACUACCCGGCAAGUAAACAGGUUAUUUCUACUCUUCCCGAAGUCCACAGAAACGUCUUCAACUACUUGAUGGCAUUUUUGCAAGAACUGCUGAAAAAUUCAGCAAAAAAUCAUUUGGAUGAGAAUAUUCUGGCCAGCUUAUUUGGCAGCCUACUGCUUCGAAACCCAGCUGGUCACCAAAGGCUUGAUACGGCAGAGAAGAAGAAAGCACAAGAAUUUAUUCACCAGUACCUCUGCAACUCACCCUGAGCCCCUCUAGCCUCGCCCUAGUCGACUUGCAGCCUUCAGUUACCAGCCCCUCCUGUUUCUCAAGUGCUGCCUGCAGAGGAUGUGAGGCCCCUAGGACACAGGAGUAGCAGCUGGGGAUUCUUGAGCCCCUCCUCGAGACUCUCCUCACGGCUGUCAUUCAGUGCUACUGUGAGCUUCGAAGAUACAGGGGAAGCCCACCAGAAUAAAACUGACGUUCAGUGUUCAACUUUAGUUAUUUAACAAAUUGGAUAGAUAAUCCCCCUCCUCCCACCCCUCUUUUUAAUUUAAAAAAAUGUUGAAAUAACUACUCAGUUCUUCCAGCCUGCCUCUAGGGAAUAUUAGUAGUUCUCUAGUUUGGGCUGAGCUUCCCAGGAUCAGAUAGUUGAAUGAACUUUGGAGUCCUGAAGGGAGAAUGAGUUGGAUACUAAGAAUGCAAGAGGAAGGUGCUGGGUAAACAGGUCACAGUCCAUCCCCCCUCAGAUGUGCCUGGCACCAUUUGAGGACAUUUAUGUAGGCAUAUGCAAACCAUCUUGUUUCCUACUCAGCUGGGACUCUGGACUAGCCACUCACUUCGUCCCCCUGAAGGCAAUACAGUGGCUUGAAAAUGAAAGCAUCGAAGAAUCUGGUGUUCUGUUGAAACAAGUGGGAUUUUCUGAGUCAACAAAUCCUUUAAAUUGUAUAUGACAUACUCCUCGUGUAUAUUUUAAUGAUAAAUGUAUUUUUAACAGUA